GGUUUAAAAAAAGAAAAAAAAGCUUGAUUGAUUGACAUAUAUCACUUAGAUUUGGUUUUCGUUGGGAGGAAUUAUUGCAUUGGUUGGGUUUCCGAUAAAAAAGUGAGAGUAUCCUUUUUAUUACCAUAAAAAAGGAGAGAGUAUAUAACUGACAUAAUUGAUGAUAUUAUUUCUUUUUUGAAUUGUAGUAUCUUCGCAAGUCUUAAGUAAAACCACGAAGGAAAGGUGGUACUAAAAUGUAUCAAUGGUUAAAACCUGAUUGUAAGCUAUUUAAUAUCCUUAUUAGUAAAACAAUUUGCAAUAAAGCUUUCAUAGCUCAGUUGGUUAGAGCACCCGUUUAGUAAGCGGGAGAUCUUGAGUUCAACUCUCAAUGAAAGCAAAUAAUUUUCUAUUUUGGUAACUGUUUUGUUGCAAAACUUUCGGAUACUACUCCACUUCACUAUCGAAGUCAUUUAUUUCUAGUCUCGCCGUCUCCGAUCCUCUGGUACUCACCGUCGCCACUGUUUCUAUUUUAGAUGGCUAGUGGCAGCUUGAAAAGCCUUGUAACUUCAGCAGUCACUAUUGGUGUGACCGAAGCAAGAGCAAGGAUUUUCGGACACAUGCUUAACCCAACGGGACAGAGAUCUUCUCAUAAGAUCUUAAGGAAGAAGCUUUUUGGUGAUAAGGUUGCUGAAUGGUAUCCCUACGACAUCAAGAAUGAGGAUCCCAAUGUCUUGGCUAGAGAAGAAAAAGAGCGCUUAUCGAAGCUUGAGAUGUUGAAGCGUCGUGACAAAGGACCACCAAAGAAGGGUCAUGGAAGACGUGCUGCAAAGCGUAACAAGUAGAGAAUGUUAUCUUCCAACAAAAGAGAUCUGCACUCUCAUAAUGUCAGAUAGAACUUAGUAGUUAGAUUCUUUUUAUUUUGGGUUUUACUCUGCUUCUUUGAUCUUAACUCUCUAGUAUGCAACAGCCUGAUAUACUUGUGUUGUGUAAUAAUCAUGGAUUCAAAUCCAAAACUAUGCGUAUGGAGUUUUGAUCAUAAUCUUCACUUAUUCUGAGAGACAUCUAGUUGAAA